AUGUGCUACUGCGGCUGCCAGCAAUGCUGGCCCUGCCGGCUUAAGGGUUCGAGGGGGCUCUAUGCCGACUGGUUUUCCUGGGCCAUACCGGCCGAGAAUCUGCAAGCUGCCAGGAUUGGGCGUGAGCUUGCCAAAGAGGCAAGCUUGAGACAUGUGGGUGUGAACAUCGUUGCAGACACGUCCCCGAAUGGACAAUUGAUGAAGAAUCGCAAGUAUGUCACGCGCAAAGAUGUGAUUGCCAACCCGCGAGAGCCAUCGGAUGAAGAUGAUGCCGAGACCGAGGAGUCCGAGGCUGGCAAUCACGAUGAGGACGAGACCCUUCGGGCACUUUCUUCAAAUGAGCAUUUGGAGGAUGAUGUCUCGGACGAUGCCCUGCCAAAGACACGCAAGCCCCAGAGGGAAUGCCUUAUGAAUCCUCGACUGAAUGGAAUUCUGGAGAAGCUGAAGGCUACUGAGGUGCUGGAGAACUUGAAGAAGGUCUCCAUGUUCCAGCGCGAGGCGUGGAGCAAGGAUGAUGAUGAGAUCCCAUUGCAGCAUGCUGAAGCAGAUGAAAAUGAAACCCGGAAGUGCAAGAAAAGCAAAGCUUCCUGUGCAAAGGCAACACACAAAGCUGCAAAGCAAAGCAUCGCCGUGGACAGCAACAAACCUGCUGACCCUCAGUGCCUCUACAAGCCGGGGGAAUUCCGGGAGGAACGCUUCAAGUUCAUCAACCGCAUGAGGGAGAAGAAAGGUACUUCGUACAAUGAGGCUGACGUCGAUUUUCUCCACCUCUUUGCCGGCGAAGAUGAAGUGGGAAGGAGCCUGCGUGCCAUCGGCUAUCGUGGUGAAUCAAUGGAACUUGAGCAUUGCCCAGUUCACAUGGAUUUGCUAAGUGCGGCUGGAUACCUGACAGCACUGAACGAAGCUCGACGUUUGAGACGUGAUACUGGUGUUGCUGUCAUUGGUCUCAUGUGCAACUCCUUCAGUAUCAUGUCACGAUCGACAUCGGGCCGGACGGUCAUCAAGCCGCAGGGCAACAAUGGCUAUGGCUUUGUGCACAGUGGAAAUGUCUUUGCUUCUCGAAUGUGCUUGCUUUUGUUCAUCUUCUAUUGGAGAAAUGUUCGGUAUCUGCUGGAGCAACCGGCGCAAUCCUGUUUCCUGGAUAGCCCAGUUUUUCGUGGCUUCUGGUACAUGUGCCACUUCGGGGCCCCAUCUGUAAAAAGACAUUUUGCAAUCUCGAAUGACUCCGAGAUGGUGCAACACCUGGAAUCUGUCGCUGGUACUCUCGCUCAGAAAGACAAAGCUGCUCUUGUGAAGCUAAAGUUGUCGCGCCAGAAUGCUUAUGUAUCAACGCACCCCAGUGCUGUUCGCCGCAACCAGAAAAAAUUUACGGGUGACCGAAAGUUGCUGAAGCAGAGCCAGACAUACCCGCCGAAGUUUGCGCAAGCCAUUGCAGCAUAUGUUCAACGUGUGCGGCCUGUGCAACCUCGGAUGGAAGUAUCGAUUGAUUGGUCGAAGACCGAUUUCGAAAUUUAUAUGGCCGAGCUGGAUGCUGGAAAUUGGGACGAUCCGAUCUGCGAUACGGUUGUAGACUUAGCAAUGAUGCUUGAAUGUGCUGGCUACCUGCUCUACAGCAAGCACUUAUCUUUGCCUGGGCACUGGGAAUCUUGUCAUUACGUAGGAGGGCAUUCGCGAACGUCUCCAGCAGCAUCUCGGCUGGGCUAUGUGGGGAUAUCACCGAUGGGCUGUGCUUACAAUUUCUAUGGUAUGGGGUCUACAGAGUGUGCUUUCCGGGGCUUCUGGAUCUGGCUUGGCUUUGGCCUCAAGUGGGCACGCUACCUCAGGUGUAUCCCGAAACCGGACAAGAAGAUGGUGUCGAGCACUAGGCUCAAUCACAUAGGCCAUACCGUGCCUUCGGAUCUACCAAUGGGAAAGGACAUCGGGAAGGUGCUUAAGGCAGGGAAAGCCUUUAAAGGUGCCUUGGUCGAGGCGAAGAAUGGGCGUGGCAGCUCGAAAGCUAUCGAUCUUGAGGUUCCCUUGAAAACCGAGUUCUGUGGUACCACCAUACAGAAGCUCAUGAAAAAGGAGGGCCUCACACGUGAGGAUGCCACUGCUGUGUACCUUGCAUGGAAACAAUCCUGUGAUCAACAGGGCUUGCCCAGCGGCCCGGUCCCGAAGCAAAAGCCUUCGAAGCUUCUCAAGGGAGAGGCGGCCGAUGCCGGAGAGCCCAAGACGCGAGUCCGUGGCAGAGGUAGUCCCCCCAACAAGCACCCUGCCCCCGAGUCUGAAAGCACAAAGCCGUCCAAGAAGAGGGCAAAGACCUGCAGCGGAGACGAUCAGUCGCUGGUUUUUGCUCCGGCCAAUGCGCAGGAUGUUGCUGACUUCUUCGGCACAGAGAAGGAGAAGGUGCUCAAGAAGCAAAAGUCCACUGAUUUGGCCGAGGACCUCGAUGGUGAGCCGUGGGAUGAGACUGAGGGCUGGGGAGAGGAGUGGGGUGACGAGGAUUGGGACAAGUCAGGGGAUUGGUGGGAAGGCUCAACAGAGGAGUACGAUUGGGAGGCGGAGUACCUGGCUUCUGGGACGACUACUGGGAGCACAAGUACGGGGAGCUUGGGCCUGCAGCGAGUUGCCUUGGAUCGGAUGCCUCUACUGCCUGCUGUUUGUGACUAUCCAAAGGUUGUGGCCCCUGCGCCGCCACGUUCGGAUGCCAAGGAGCCUGAGGGAAAGGUCAACAGUGCCACCCAUGCGAAGGAGUAUGCCAGACUUAACCGACUUUCCGAAUCGGGCAAGCUGGCAACAUUUCCGGAGAUGACGCAAAUGUGGGAAGGCAACCUCCAGGAGAAGAACAAGCUGCUCAGAAAGUUCAUUGCUCAUGGCGGAAAUUGCAAAGCUUGCGAAGCAGAGCUCAUUGUGUUAAAAGAGCAAAGCCUCACAGGCAGGGACAAGAUCGAAGGAAUUAUUGCCCAAGGAGGAGGGGAAAAAGACGAACACAGCCCUGACAAUCUUUCCCUUACGCGAUUUUGGGUCGUGGUGGACCGCGAGAAGGUCGAAGAGGAAACAGCAAAGAUCACUGCGCAGAUGAAGGUGAAUAUGACACCCGAUGAAGCUUUUAUGGCUGGCUUAGGAUCGAAUGGCUCGCCGUCGGUGUUGCACCGAAGUGCCCCGCCGACUUCAGCACAUCCCUUGAAUGGGGACGUGCUCAAGGCCUUUGACAAGUACAACACCGACCUUCAGCAGGCAGUUUCGAAGUGCCAAGAGCUGAAGAAGGAGGUCAAUGGCCUGUCCAACCUGAUGCUCGAUUUGGGCGAUUCGACCAAGGAGACCGACACGAGGACAGUUCUGCUGAAGUUCGAGAAGAAGCUGAAGAAGUAUGCCCUAAAGCUUCCCGAACGGAAUGAGUUCAAGGAGCUGAAGACCUCCGCGGAGAUGGAUCCCUUGUGCCAGCAGAUCCACGACACGGUUGCAGCGCUGGGCCUGGAGAAGGCCCAAGCACGGGGACUAGUGCUUGCUCGGUCUACUGCUGGUGGCGACAAUACAAUCACUUUGGCGUGCGAACUGGGAGCCUCUGCCCUCAUCCAAGCUGGCUUUCUGAGCACGAUGGUGUCGGCGAACAGUUACACGGCGAAGCUGGAUGGUUACCAGCUGGAAUCUAUGCUUGGAGGA